AUCUAGUGAGUUGGUAUCUAUGCUCACGCCGGAUUCUUUGGUGUCCGCGCAUGCGCAGCGCGCUAAAGCGUUAUGUAAACCGUCGCUGUUUUGGCCCGGUUCUAUGUAACUGGACUUUGGUGAACUAAGCUGGUCUGCAGUGGUUCUCCUGGCGCAUCUUCAUCAACUCUGAGAUGAUUUUAUCACUGGGACUCACAUAAACUAAUUUUCCCGCAUUCGUAUCGCCUCAGGUGGCAGCAGCAUCAUGUCGGUCAACUCCAUCCACUGGUUCCGGAAGGGUCUGCGUCUGCACGAUAACCCCGCGCUGCUGGAGGCCAUUAAGGGAUCCGAUACGCUGCGUUGUGUUUACUUCCUGGACCCUUGGUUUGCCGGCGCCUCCAACCGUGGCGUCAAUCGCUGGAGGUUUCUGCUGCAGUGUCUGGAGGAUCUGGACUCUAGUCUUCGUAAACUCAACUCCUGUCUGUUCGUCAUCCGCGGUCAGCCCGCCAACAUCUUCCCACGGCUCUUCAAGGAGUGGAAAGUCUCUCGAUUGACAUUCGAGUGCGACUCGGAGCCGUUCGGGAAGGAGCGAGAUGCGGCCAUCAAGAAACUGGCAUCUGAAGCGGGAGUGGAGGUGAUCGUGAAGAUCUCACACACGCUUUAUGAUCUGGACAGGAUCAUCGAGCUGAAUAACGGUCAGCCACCGCUCACAUACAAACGCUUCCAGACACUGGUGAGCAGCAUGGAGCCGCCAGAUCCUCCGCUGGAGCCGCUGACCAGAGAACUGAUGGAAAACUGUGUGACGCCCAUCAGUGAAAACCACAGAGAGAAAUACGGAGUCCCCCUGCUGGACGAGCUGGGGUUCGACACUGAGUCUUUGGCUCCUGCUGUUUGGCCUGGAGGAGAAUCAGAGGCACUGAUGCGGCUGGAGAGACACCUCGGACCCGACUCUACCGCGGCGUGGCAGGAGAACUUUGAGCGUCCGAAGAUGAACUCCAGUCCGCUGCUGGCCAGUCCGCUGGGCUUGAGUCCGUACCUGCGCUUCGGCUGCCUGUCCUGCCGCCUAUUCUACAAAAAACUCACCGAACUCUACAAAAAGGUAAAAAAGAACGGAAGCCCGUCGAUCUCUCUAUACGACAAGCUCUUGUGGCGGGAGUUCUUCUACACGGCUGCCAGCAACAACCCACGCUUCGACCGCAUGGAGGGAAACCCCAUCUGCAUCCGCAUCCCGUGGGACAGGAACCCCGAGGCGUUGGCCAAGUGGGCCGAGGCCAAGACGGGCUUCCCGUGGAUCGACGCCAUCAUGACGCAGCUGCGGCGCGAGGGCUGGAUCCACCACCUGGCGCGGCACGCCGUGGCCUGUUUCCUGACACGCGGCGACCUGUGGAUCAGCUGGGAGGAGGGCAUGAAGGUCUUCGAGGAGCUGCUGCUGGACGCCGACUGGAGCGUGAACGCCGGCAGCUGGCUCUGCCACUCCUGCAGCUCCUUCUUCCAGCAGUUCUUCCAUUGCUACUGUCCCGUGGGAUUCGGACGCAGGAUCGACCCCAACGGAGACUUCAUCAGACGUUACUUACCUGUACUCCGAGAUUUUCCAGCCAAGUUUAUUUACGACCCCUGGAACGCUCCGGACGACGUGCAGCGUGCCGCCAAAUGCGUGAUCGGCGUGGACUAUCCCAAACCCAUGGUGAACCAUGCCGAGGCCAGCCGCCUGAACAUCGAGAGGAUGCGGCAGAUUUACCAGCAGCUCUCCAGAUACCGCGGACUCAGUCUUCUCGCAACUGUUCCAUCCAACCACAUGGAAGGCAUCGGAGUAAAUGAAACCCAAGGAGCCGCAGCACCCCCUACACGGCGGAGGGCACGGAGCGGCACGUCGUCUCACCCAGGGAUCAGGAGAGAGCAGCCCGGACCGAGCGGAGCGAAACAUCGUGGAGCAAGACACCGACACACACUCGCCCACCGUACGUCGCCUUACACCACCCAGAGCGACCUGACGGACCACGCCCAUGAGUUUGCUGUUCCACAACAACCAGGGCGUCUGAUUUGGCCAGUUGGAGGCGGGACUGGAAAGAGAGAAAGGGAGUCGGAGCACAAUGGUUGCCAUGGUGAUGACGGCCCCUCCUCCUCCUUCUUCAGCGCUAAAAGCGCAAGAUCAAGAGAAGAGGCAUGAAGACGUGGAAGGCGUGGCCUUCUCUUCCUAAGCUCCACCCACUGAUGGAUUUGCAAAAUGUAUUAUAAACUUUCCUCACGUGUCAAACACAAACAUUCAGAGUAUUUCAAUUUGUCCAAAUCAAAUUGUGGCGGAAAUGUGAUUUUAACAUUUUUGGAAACUUUAUAAUGUAAAAUUCUAAAACAUAUAUAAUUAAAUUAAAUUUAAUUACUAUCCCAAAUAUUGAUUUUAAAAAUCAGAUGUAAAUACUGUCCUCGUGACGUUAAACUUUUACACUAAUAAAGGUCCUUUCACACCAAACACAGAACGUAUGAAUGUAACGAAUAUUUGUCAGGCUGAAUGAAAAGUUAAAUGUUUGAAUAACUUUACGAUAACGUUUACGAAAACGCAAACCAAAGCUCAAGUUGUAUUGGUUGUCACCAGCUGCGAAAAAUUUGUGAAUUUCCAUUGUUUAUAUUAAAAUUUGCAAAGCUUUGUUUGGCGUAAAUGGACCUUAAUAUGGAAAAAAUACGAGUAAUCGCAAACAGCCGAAGAAGAACACUCAUUACGCCACAUUUAAACGGAUCCAGAUUCGCUCAGUAUUACGGAAGAACGGAAGAGUUUCCACAACGCUGCUCUGAACCGGCCUCACCUGUACAUACCUGCGUCUGUUUCCAUGGUGACGAGAGAGUCACAUGAUCGUUGGAAUGUGUUCGGGUCCAAACUGUUGUAACUGUACCACAGAUGAGUGAUUGUCUCGUCUGUAUAAACGACUGUAUUUUGUUCCAUGUUUUAGUGUUUUUGCACAGAUAGCGUAGAAUCCGCUCCAGUGUUUGACGUCAUCUGUCUUCCAUCGCUGUACAUUAUUUCCACCUAUCAUGGUCAUCGUCUCCAUCUCUGUGUACUACAGUGUUUUGUAUAUGACAGCUGUAUCUUAUGGAGCUGUACAUUUUUACCGCUUGUGUCUUCAGUUUUUCUACAGAAUAUUGUUAGCUGUUUUGAAUUUUAAAGAUGUGUAUAUAUAUAUAUACAGUACUAUAUAUAUAUAUAUAGUAUACAGUAAUCAAUAUUUAAAGUGGAUCAAAACCUUUCAUCAGAGUUGUCCGUUCUGGUUUGAUCCACUUCAGAUGUUGACUCCUGUAGUACCAGCAUUUGUUUCUUAGUCUGUGUGUGGUACUUCAUCAGCCAGCUAAUAAAAAAAUAUAUAUAUUUAAACACAAAGUAA